UCGGCGGACUCUCGCUGUCCUGCCUGCCAUCGUCACAUCACAUCUAGCGAGCGGAGCGAGCACAGGCGAGAUCGAGGGAGAGGGAGCUCUUGCGCGCCGCCGCCGAUUCACGCGUCCUGUCGCCGCGCGCGGGCGAUUAGCCUACGACCUACGUGCGUAGAGAGAGGUUUGGGGGAGGAGGAGAUCGAGGGAGGGUGGUGGUCGACAUGGGAGGAGGGAGGCGCGGCGGAGUCAUGGAACUCGAGCACCCCCUGGCCACCCUUCCCCGCAUCCGCGGCGGCAUCGACCUCGACGACGACGGCAAGGACAGGAGGUCAGGGACGGUAUGGACGGCAACGGCGCACAUCAUCACGGCGGUGAUCGGUUCCGGCGUGCUGUCGCUGGCGUGGGCGAUGGCGCAGCUGGGUUGGGUGACCGGCCCGGUGACCCUGGUGCUCUUCGCGGUCAUCACCUUCUACACCUGCGGCCUCCUCGCGGACUGCUACCGCGUCGGCGACCCCGUCACCGGCAAGCGCAACUACACCUACACCGAGGCCGUCAAGUCCAACCUAGGCGGGUGGUACGUCUGGUUCUGCGGCUUCUGCCAGUACGCCAACAUGUUCGGCACCGGCAUUGGCUACACCAUCACAGCCUCCAUCAGUGCUGCGGCCAUCAACAAGUCCAACUGCUUCCACUGGCACGGGCACGACGCGGACUGCAGCCAGAACACGAGCGCCUACAUCAUCGGCUUCGGCGUGGUGCAGGUGCUCUUCAGCCAGCUCCACAACUUCCACAAGCUCUGGUGGCUCUCCAUCAUCGCGGCCAUCAUGUCCUUCUGCUACUCCACCAUCGCCGUGGGCCUGUCGAUCGCGCAGACCAUCUCGGGGCCCCUGGGGAAGACGACCAUGACCGGCACUCAGGUCGGCGUGGACGUGGACUCGGCGCAGAAGGUGUGGAUGACGUUCCAGGCCCUCGGCAACGUCGCCUUCGCCUACUCCUACGCCAUCAUCCUCAUCGAGAUCCAGGACACGCUGCGGUCCCCGCCCGCUGAGAACGAGACGAUGCGGCGGGCCACGUCGAUGGGCAUCUCCGUCACCACGGCGUUCUACAUGCUGUGCGGCUGCCUGGGCUACUCGGCGUUCGGCAACGGCGCGUCGGGUAACAUCCUCACCGGCUUCGGCUUCUACGAGCCCUUCUGGCUAGUCGACUUCGCCAACGCCUGCAUCGUCGUGCACCUGGUCGGCGGCUUCCAGGUGUUCUGCCAGCCGCUGUUCGCCGCCGUGGAGGGCGCCGUGGCGGCGCGGUGGCCGGGGUCCGCGCGCGAGCACGGCGCCGCGCGCCUGAACGUGUUCCGGCUCGUGUGGCGCACGGCGUUCGUGGCUGUAAUCACGCUGCUGGCCAUCCUGAUGCCCUUCUUCAACAGCAUCCUGGGCAUCCUCGGCAGCAUCGCCUUCUGGCCGCUCACCGUCUUCUUUCCCGUCGAGAUGUACAUCCGGCAGCGGCAGGUGCCGCGGUUCAGCACCAAGUGGGCGGCGCUUCAGAGCCUCAGCUUCGUCUGCUUCCUCGUCACCGUCGCCGCCUGCGCCGCCUCCGUGCAGGGAGUGCUCGACUCGCUCAAGACCUACGUGCCAUUCAAGACGAGGUCGUGAGAGCCUAGCUUGUUCUGCGCGCGGCGCGCAUGUUUUGUAUGAUCCGGCCGUGUGAUACAGCACACACUCGUGCCUCUUUUUAGUGGUGAGAUGCAGUAGUGUUCUGCCCAUGGUUGUCAGUGGCCUGGAGCGAGUUAGGAUUCUGUCGGCCUCCGAAAGAAACUGGACUUCAGAAGAACUCAGCGAAACUAUUAGUUAUGUGGUUGAUUUAUUAGAAUGCAACCAAAUUAUUAGGGGGUUUGUCUGCUAGUUCUUUCAAUAAAAUAAAACAUGUCUCGGAUUAUGCAGAUGUA